UCAAGGGUCAGAAGGAGGAGGCGCGCCCAAGAUGGCGGCCUCCAUGUGCGACGUGUUCUCUUUCUGCGUGGGCGUGGCUGGCCGGGCCCGGGUGGCCGUAGAGGUCCGUUUCGUGAGCAGCGCCAAGGGAAAGGGGCUGUUUGCCACACAGCUGAUUCGGAAGGGGGAGACCAUCUUCGUAGAGCGCCCCCUGGUGGCUGCGCAGUUUCUCUGGAAUGCACUCUAUCGUUACCGAGCCUGUGACCACUGCCUUCGGGCACUGGAGAAGGCAGAGGAGAAUGCCCAGAGGUUGACUGGGAAACCAGGCCAGGUUCUGCCUCACCCUGAGCUGUGUACUGUACGCAAGGACCUCCAUCAGAACUGUCCCCACUGCCAGGUGGUGUACUGCAGUGCAGAGUGUCGCCUGGCAGCUGCUGAGCAGUACCACCGGGUCCUGUGCCCAGGCCCCUCCCAGGAUGACCCCCUGCAUCCACUCAACAAACUGCAGGAGGCAUGGAGGAGUGUUCACUAUCCCCCAGAGACUGCAAGCAUCAUGUUGAUGGCCCGGAUGGUGGCCACAGUGAAGCAGGCUAAGGAUAAGGACCGCUGGAUCAGGCUCUUCUCCCAGUUCUGUAACAAAACGGCCAAUGAGGAGGAAGAAAUUGUCCACAAACUCCUGGGGGACAAGUUCAAGGGCCAGCUGGAACUCCUGCGGACACUCUUCACAGAGGCCCUUUAUGAGGAAGCUCUCAGUCAGUGGUUUACUCCAGAUGGAUUCCGGUCUCUGUUUGCUCUUGUUGGGACCAAUGGCCAAGGAAUUGGGACCAGCUCCCUGAGCCAGUGGGUCCAUGCCUGUGACGCUCUGGAGCUGAAGCCUCAGGACCGCGAGCAGCUGGACGCCUUCAUUGACCAGCUGUACAAGGACAUCGAGGCAGCAACCGGCGAGUUUCUGAACUGCGAAGGAUCUGGCCUCUUUGUGCUUCAGAGCUGCUGUAACCACAGCUGUGUCCCCAAUGCAGAGACCUCCUUCCCAGAAAACAACUUCCUUUUGCAUGUCACUGCUCUGGAGGAGAUUAAGCCGGGAGAGGAAAUCUGUAUCAGCUACUUAGACUGCUGUCAGCGGGAGCGCAGCCGCCAUAGCCGCCACAAGAUCCUCAGGGAGAACUACCUUUUUGUCUGUUCCUGCCCCAAAUGCCUAGCAGAAGCUGAUGAACCCAAUGUGACCUCGGAGGAGGAGGAGGAGGAAGAGGAAGGAGAGCCGGAAGACGCAGAGCUGGGGGAUGAGAUGACUGAUGUGUGAUGUGGUCCUGCCUGGAAGGGGCCCUGCCCCAGACCCUGCCGGCAAACGGGGCCCUUCCACCAGGGAAGAGGCUUGGAAGGAUCUCCCCACUCCACUGCCUGCUUUCCCCAUUCCAGCUCUCGCCAGAGGGCAGGAUAGAGGCUGGACCCUUGGCCCUCACUCCCACACCCCCACUAGCCUCGUGCCUAGACACUGCUGCUGAGCCAGCUCAGGCUCUGUGCUGUCACUAAGCCUUGCAGAGCUGACCUCCCUGAAGUUGCUUCACUCUAGGGGUGAGAACCAGGGUCAGGCCUAACAGUGUUUCUUUCCCCUGCCCGGCCCAGGCUCACCCAUCCACCUGAGGCUUCCCCCCUUUCAACUUGCUACUCAUUUAUCUGGAGGGGUAACGAAGUGGCAUAUCUGAGAACAAACUGAUCUCCUUGAAGCAGAAAUGGAGGCGGCAAGGUUCCCCACCGUCUUCCUCACCUCCUACCUGCCCCUGUUGUAGUUGCUCUGGCAACUGCCUGACCACUAGCCCAGAGAGGAGAGGUGGGAGGGAGCUGGGCCUCCAGAGCACAUUCCCAGAGUCCUCUGCUGGGCAGCACUGGGUCUGGGGGAUUACCUCUCUCCCCCACAACUCUCACCAUUUGAACAUUUGGGGAAGUAGGGAUUCAUCCCCUCCCCGACUCUAGAAUCUCAGUACUUGUGCCUUGCCUCUGGGGCCCUGGCACAGUGGCUGGCCCCAUGAGGUAUAGAAGAGGCCUCUGCCUUUUGAGGAGGGGCACAGGGGGAUCACCCUUCUUACACCCUCUUCCCGCUAAGGACUAGCAGCAUGGCUGAUCCUGUGAGACAACAGGCCUGUGCUGCUGGACCCAGGAUGCACUAGUCUUACUUGAGCCGGUUAA